AUGACGUGGUCUCGCCUCAGCAGCUUCCCCAGCAGCAGCGACGCCAACUCCUCAGCAGGGCGGCAGCAGAAGGACGCGGGAAGACGCGUGUAUGAGGCGCCGCCAGAGUUGCCCCGUGAGGGGCUGGAGGCGCAACCUUGGGGGAAGCUACGGGCGCAGGCUUGGGCACAGGUACGGGGGCCGGCGGAGGGAGGGGAGGCGGAGGGAAGGGAGGCGGAGGGGAGGGAGGCGGAGGGGAGGGGAGUGGGGAGAGGAGAGAGGGUGGGAGAGUGGGGCGAGGAGGAGAGGGAGGCGGCGUGUGGGGUAGGAGUUGAAGGUGGGAUGGGGAGAGGCGUGAUCUGGCGAGGAGUGGGGGGAGAAAGGAACGUGGGGGAGGAGGAGGAGGAGGAGGAGGAGGAGGAGGAGGAGGAGGAGGAGGAGGAGGAGGAGGAGGAGGAGGAGGAGAAUGAGGGAGGGACGCAGCAAGGAGACUCUCUCGUGCCUUUCUUCUUCUGCUCCGCAGCUUCGCCAGAGCUCCGCCUCUCACUGCCACAACUCCUGUCAACCCCGCUCGAUGGAACCUCAGCUUCCCACUGCGUUGUCAGGGCCAGCGCUGCUGCCACCUGCACACACGCAAGAGAAGACAGCGUGAACAAGGCUCUAAGCUCUAGACUUCUCGGUAGAGCCUUGAAGAAAGCUUUGCCCGAACUGUCCGGUGCAGAUGUCUACCGCCGCCUCUCACGCAUCCACAGCCGGCCUCUGCACGACAUGGAUAUGGGCAUCCAGCCGUCUUACGGCGGGGAUCAGUACCGGCGGGACAUGUGGAGUUUGGCUUGCCAGGCUGGCCAACGACAACUGCUGGAGAGUUUACGGAUCAAGGGUGUGGUUCUCCCGCCGCAACAUCAGUCGGACGACGACCGAGACGAUGACGUGAUAGAGUUGGACGGCGACGUCGAGACAAAGGUGAAGGAAUUGGUCGCGUCCGACAACAUGCACGGGGCGCAGAUCGAUAGCGCCCUCAAGGAUUUCGAAGACCUGAAGGACCAGCUAUUCACAUGGGGUACGAGUCACGAUGCGCUGUUGGACACUGUGUCACAACUCAAAAAGGGGUUCGAAAUGCUAGCGGCUAGAAUCGGGUGUGAUACGCAGGGUCUGGACCGAACCGACGAGGCUGGUGCAUCGGGUGGUGGUGCAGCACGAACGGUCCAACAGCCUAACAUCGAGACUGGAGAGGCAGCAGAUACGGGAAACAUGCCUACAUCAUUGCCCGCCACUUUCACCUGGCCUGCAGCACAGUGUCACCAGUCCAUGUUCACCGGCCGCCUCCUGGACAGUGGGGGAAUGUGCAAAACAGGACGUUGCCCACGCAGGAUACCGGGUGCGGGAGUUGCAACGGCGGGCGGGAUCUCGGGAGCGUGCGUGUCAACAGCUGGCCCGCGCCCGGGUGUAGGAUUUGCACCAGCAAGCGAGAUGCCAGGUGCGGGAGUGGCAACAGAAGGCGGGAUACCGGGUGCGGGAGUUGCAACGGCAGGCGGGAUCCCGGGAGCAUGCGUGUCAACAGCUGGCCCGCGCCCGGGUGCGGGAGUCGCACCAGCAAGCGAGAAGCCGGGUGCGGGAGUGGCAACAGCAGGCGGGAUACCGGGUGCGGGAGUUGCACCAGCAAGCGAGAUGCCGGGUUCGGGAGUUGUUACAGCAGGCGUGAUCCCGGGUGCGGGAGUUGCAACAGCGGGGGGGAUCCCGGGAGCGUGCGUGUCAUUAGCAGGCGGGUGCCCGGGUGCGGGAGUUGCACCAGCAAGCGAGAUGCCGGGUGCGGGAGUAGCAACAGCAGGCGGGAUCCCGGGUGCGGGAGUUGCAACUGCAAGCGAGAUGAUGGGUGCGGCCGUUGCAACAGCAGGCGGGAUCCCGGGUGCGGGAGUUUUACCAGAUGGCAGGAUCCCAGGUGUGGGAGUUGCUUCAGCAGGCGGGAUCCCGGUUGCAGGAGUUGCAACAUCAGGGUUGCUCCCGGGUGUGGGAGUUGCAACAGAAGGCGUGAUCCCGGGUGUCGGCGUGUCAAUAGCAGGCGGGCGCGAGGGUGAGGGAGUUGCAACAGCUGGCGGGAUGCCGGUUGCGGGAGUGGCGACAGCAUCGAGCAACCCACCUGCCGUUGUUGCAACAGCAUUGGGGUUCCCAGCUAGCAUAGUAGUAAUUCCUGUAGGUGCAACCAGGGUAGCGUAA